AUGAGUGAGCAACUAAACUAUCAACAACUAUUCUCCUGCAAUAGUUCCCAGUUAAUGAGCUUGUACACCCAAACCACCGAAAACCAAACGCAGGCAACCUUGCAAUCUCAACAAUCGAUGGUUUAAUAUGAUUUCUAGGUCUAAACCAAGCUUUAAACAUUAAAAUUCAUGCCAUCUUUAACAGCUACUUUUUAAAAUUUACGCCAAGGAGAGAUAAAAGAUAAAGAGAUUAAGCCUAAGCGAGUUGACUUGAGUAUCAACAGGAAGAUUUUAUCCUUUGGUAAAAAUCUUAUCACAAAUAGCCAAACUUGUCCUAAAAAGUCUUCUCUUGACAUUGAUCUUAGUCAAGUUCGAAAAUACUUCAAAAGAAAGGAAGUAAAAGCCAAAGUUAAACCAAAUGGUGAGUUUAAGAGACAAAAGCAAGGAUCUUAAAAUUUGGCUAAAGACGAACAAAACUCUGCAUAUAAUUCUCAUCUAGAAACACCGAAUUUAUUCAUUAAAUCUCCAACUAGAUUCUAUGAUGGUUAGAGUAACAAUCAAAUUCCCCAAAGCAGAGUUCUAGCCUCUAUAAAGGAUAGACAAACCAACAUCACCUAAAACGCACCAUCUAAAUGUAAAGAUCUCUCAGACUUUAAAGAUUAAAAUAUCAACUUAGGAUAGUAACCCUCCAACAAUUAAGAUGUUAUGAAGGGUUUUCCUUCGAAUAACCAAUCCAUGCAAAGCUCAAGCAAAGAAAAUGCAGAUUUAGAUGCUCACUCAACAAAUUUUCUAUUUACACCAGUAAGGACAACUGACAAAUCUUUAUAAAGCCCCUAAUUAUAAGCAUAACCGAUUAAAAAGACCAAAGCUAUUGAGAAACAUACUGAUAAGAUACCUAGGUAGGUCUAGCUUAAAUUUUUUUGGGCUAAGCGUCAGUACGAUAAACUCAAGCAACAAACUGUCAAAGUGUUUGAGGACCGUGCUUAGAUGCUUCCUAUAAGGAAUAAAUCUAACUAAACAUCUCUUAUGAGCACAUAGUCAACGUUUUGCUCAACAUUUGAUCACACAAAUAAGGUUAGAACAGAAAAAGAUGAAAUAUAGAUGUUUUCCACCGAUUUUAGUAAUGAGAAUUCAGAGUCUCCUCUUUACUGUUCCUAAGUUAUUAGUGAGUAGAAGGAGAUACUACUCAGAAAGUUUGAGGAUUAAUCCCUCAAGAAUAAAAUGACAAAGAUUAUCGAGUAAUAGCAGCUAAGGAUGAUGCAUCAUAUGCACUUCAACAACCAGUUUGAUAACAGUCUGUAGUAGUAAACUAUCAUGCAAGCCAUUAACAGUGGCAUUAGUAACAACAAUCCCAACUUCAUUAACAAUCUUACAGCCAAUAGUGAAACCUAGAUAUCAAUUCGUAAUACCUAAGAGAGUUAGGUAGACUUUACCCAGAGAGUAGUGAUUGGCACUCCAUCUGAGGAGGGCAGUUAGGAUUAACUAAACAGAAGUAACCUCCAAUAUUCCAAUCAAAUGAGCAAUUCUUUCAGCUGCAUUGAUGAUAUCAACUCAUAGUCCUACUCUAACAACUCUAGCUAAACUGUUAUUAGACCCUUCAACUUGAUUAACUCCCCAGACUCAAGUUUUAGUAAUGAUGAUUACUACAGAUGA